AUGUCUGAACCUUCGACGUCAAGUUACCCAGACCUCUUCGACGAGUAUACCCCAGACAUUCUGAACGCAAUCGACGAAGCCGAAGCCUCCUAUGAACCGAUUCAGGCGAAAGCUACAGAUUUACAGCCAGCUGUGCAGCUUCGAAAACGCCAUCGCUCUCCCUCGCCGAAGUCAGAACACCCGGCUACUCUAGAGCAACUCACCACUGAAGAUGGAUCAUCGUACAUGGACGAUACCAGCACAUACGGUGCAUCGAAGUUCAAUGGAUGGGGCGAAUAUAUGCGUCGCAAACGCGCCAAAUUGCAAAUUCAGAACGCAGAAAUACCAAGUGACGGCGAUGGCGGCGGAGGGAUGGCUGACGAAAGUAGUAAGUUCUUCGAGGGGCUCAGAAUAUACAUCAAUGGUUACACCACCCCUUCCGUCCAAGAGCUCCGACGACUGAUAAUUCAACACGGAGGAGUGUUUCAUCCCUAUCUAGAUCGGAAGUCGCUGGUCACGCACGUCAUCACCUGCUCCCUGACUCCAGCGAAGAUGAAGGAAUUCCAGCACAUGAAAUUGGCUACGCCUAGCUGGCUUACCGAUAGCGUAGAAGCCGGCAGGCUCCUUCCCUGGACAGACUACAAAUAUGUGGCGGGGAAUCGACUGGACCAGGCCGAAGGUCGGAAGACGUCUCAGAGGGUGUUGGACGCUUUCGCUUCCCAACCCACGCGUCAGUCAACCUCCGUCAAGCCCCCGAGGCACGUUGGAAGCUCUAGUUCUCUUACAUCAGGAGCUACCAAGGAACGUGAUCAUGCGAGCACCCCGAUUGCGGACGAUCCGGUGCUAAAAGCCACAACAGCGUUGGCCGCGGCGCAUGUGGAUGACGAUGGCGUUGGCAGCUCGGCCAGCGGAACGUCGCGACCACUCGCCGGCGACGGAUUGUCGUAUAUGGAUGAAGAUACCUACUCGGCAUCAAAGUUUGGUGGGAUAAGCGAUUUCAUGCGGCGCAAGAGGGUCAAGUUGCAAGUCCAGAACGCCCAGAUAGAGGACGUGCUUGAUAGCGCACAAGAGAAGAGGAGCGAUAUCUUCAAGGGGUUGUCACUAUACAUUAACGGAUAUACGGACCCGCCUGAGCACAAACUUCGAGAACUGAUCGUACAACACGGAGGCACAUAUCAAGCGUACAUGGACCAGAAAUCGUACAUAACGCAUAUAAUCACAUCUACGCUUACAGCUGCGAAGAUACGAGAAUUUGCGCGUAUGAAGGUCGUCACUCCUGCAUGGCUUGUAGAUAGCAUCGCGCAGGGCGCCCUCCUGCCCUGGCAGGCUUACAUAUGGAAGGUGGAGGAGAGGGCCGAGGAAGACUAUCAGGGCAAGGUGGUACCGAGACCAAUGCUAUUCAAGGGAACUGCGGGUGUCAAGCACAGCACCGGAGCAUCAGCAGCAAGCCGCGACUCCGCAGUUGACGCUCAAGCCGCACCGAAGGUGCCAGCCACCGCCCCUCAAACUCCAAAGAAGCCAAAAGCGUUGGGUUCCCCUCAUGUGUCCACGCCAAGCACGCCCAACAAAGCACUCCCUGUGUUCGUACCUCGCACGCCAACCACCCCGAAGGCAGAUCAUGCGCUGUACACUACCGACCCAGUCUCCCCAGAUCAAGCGCAGCGGGUGCCGGGUUACGCUAUGCACGACUCGAACCUUGCCGCUCAGAAGGCAAUGAAGAACGUAGAGUGGCGCAAGGCUCACACUAGUAUCAGCGAAGGUUUCAUAGAGGGAUAUUACAAGAACUCUCGACUCCAUCAUCUGAGCAUGUGGAAGGCUGAGCUACGCGGGCUGCUCCAGCAGGCGCAAGAGAAGGCAGAGCAUAUCGUGGACAAAGCGGACGUGGACGAACCAGAGCAAAGCAGCCAGGGUGACCCAUCGCAGUCAUCAAUCGACAUACCAGCAGAAGCGGACGGCGACAAUAUUUGCGAGAAAGAUACCCGGGCUGCUGCGGCGAUCGCAGAUUCGGUCAGUAUGCGAGGAGCAGCCCUGGCUUUGAACCCGUUGGUGAGGAAGGUCAAAGAUGCGAGUCGUUCUGCCGAUUCCAAACGCCGUGUCAUUAUGCAUUGUGAUUUCGACUGCUUCUUCGUAUCCGCCGGCCUGGUUUCACGCCCGCAGUUGAAGGGCAAACCCGUUGUUGUGUGCCAUUCGCAGGGUGCUCAAGGUGGCAAUGCUAGUACGAGCGAGAUUGCGAGCGCUAGCUACGAGGCGCGCGAGUUUGGUAUACGGGGCGGGAUGAGUUUGCAACAGGCCAGACAACUUUGUCCAGGCAUAAUUACCAUACCCUAUGAGUUCGAAACGUACAAGAAGUACUCAUUGGAGUUCUACACUAUCUUGAUGCGUUAUGCGGAUGACCUGCAAGCCGUGUCGGUGGAUGAAGCACUGAUUGAUGUCACGAGUCGAAUCAUCGAUCAUGCGCACUCCACCUCUACUACGAGCGAACCUGCUGUGGACCCUGCUUUAGAGCUUGCGAACCGUAUACGUUCGCAGGUACGGGCAGCUACGAAUUGCGAAGUUAGCAUCGGUAUUGCACACAACGUCAUGCUCGCGCGCCUCGCAAACCGACGCGCGAAACCGGCCGGUGCUUUGCACAUUCAUCCAGAUGAAGCAGAGGAUUUUCUGGCGCCAUUAAAGCUGGACGAUCUUCACGGCUUCGGGUAUGCCUCAGCGCAGAAGGCCCAGGAGAAGCUGGGGACGACGAUCCUUGGCGAACUACGGAAAAGGAGCAAAGGCACCCUUUGCGAUGCUCUAGGGAAGGGCACGGGAGACACAGUAUGGAAGGCUAUACGAGGGAUUGAUGAUAAGAAACUAGAGAGUGAUAAACCCAGGAAGAGCGUUAGCUGCGACAUCAAUUAUGGUAUCCGCUUUGAGGACAAUGGCCAGGCUGAACAUUUUAUCUAUCAAAUGGCUGAAGAGGUAGCUCGUCGACUUGAUGCUAUCCACAUGCGCGGCCAGUCUUUGACCCUCAAGAUUCUCAAACGUCACCCCGAAGCGCCUGUCGAAGCUCCUAAGUUCAUGGGGCAUGGGUGGUGUCAGCAAUUUACGAAGCAGGCAGCAUUAUUGCGCACGACAAGUGAACCUAAGCUUAUUGGCGACUGCGCAUGGAGACUACUCAAGUCCCUAGCGUUUGACCCGAAGGAGUUAAGAGGCAUCGGUAUACAAAUCCAGAAGCUUCAGAAAGUCGCCCAAUCCGUGCCUGACCAAGGGCAAGGCAAACUGUUCUUCCCACCUGCUGCCGCGAUGCCAAUCAACCAAGCGAAGCAAGGACAACCACCGCCCGCCGCGCCUCCCACCGUUGUCCUGCCGCCCUCUCAAAACGACGAAGUCAUUAUGAUUGAUGUGCCUGACAAGGCUGAGGCUGCCCUGAAGGACGCUAAUCUGCCUGUUCCUGCCGUUCCAGUCGACCUUCCCUCGUUCUCCCAGGUGGACCGGUCCGUAUUCGACGCCCUACCGGACGAUGUCCGGAAGGAACUGCAGGCGGAAUACCAACGUCGGUCAGUUUCUCCGUUGAAGGAGGUCGCCAUGAAGAACAUUAAGACAUCUAUUCCUGCCGCUCCGGUUGACCUGCCUUCCUUUUCUCAGGUGGAUCGGUCCGUGUUUGAUGCCCUGCCAGACGACGUACGGAAGGAGCUGGAGGUUGAAUAUAAACGACGAUCAGCCUCUCCCCUUGUGGCUCCGAUCCCACCGGCGCCCGUAAACCUCGGUUUGCGUGCGUCGCCUGUCAAGGCUCCGCUGUUCAAGUUGUCGGUGAAAGGAUCCAAUGUCAAGCGCAUCACCCAGGCCUUGGCCCCGAAGAAUCGGGGGGUGCGCUCUCCGAAGAAUACUACGAUCUUUGCCAAGAUCGACAAGGGAAAGCAAAAGCAAAAGAUUAUAUUCCCGACCACUUCAGUAGCCAAUGUCACCCCUGAUGAAUUGCGGGAGCUUGACAUCGAUCCGGACAUCUUCACUAUGCUCCCUAAGGACGUCCAACGCGAGCAACUGGCCGGUGCACGAUAUGCGAGGGGUCUGGGCGGGGCAACGGUUGUCUUCGCCGAGGGUAAACGCAAGCCCUUGAAGCCCAUGACGGGUUUCAUCAAGGACCCCAACGCAGUGCGAUACAUUCCCCCGCCGCCACCUCACGUGUAUCAUCCCGAACCGCCCUUCUUGAAGCAGAUAUCUCAGGGGAAGAAGCUGUUCUUCACGCUUGCGGAGGAUGUUCAGGACCUGAUAGAAGCGUGGGUGGACCGGUUCCGCGAACAACUCCCGAACGACAGGGACGUCGAGUUCUUCGCCAAGUUCCUCGUGCAGAGCAUGGAGGGCGAGCGGUCGACGGACGGCGGGAUCCACAAGGCGAUAGGCGUGCUGAAGUGGUGGCUAAUUGUGCUCAGAACACACUUCGGUGUAUGGGAACAUGUUCAGGGGGACAUGCCUGUGGAUCCAGAGGGCAGAAUCACUUCGGAGAUGGUGGGACGGAGUUGGUGGAAGGCCUUCCGUGAGGUGAAGGGUCGAAUGGAUGUCGUUUCUAGGAAACGAUUUGGUGGUAACGUUUCAGUGCGCUAG